AAAUCCCCCAGUAAGAACAGCCAAAAUCACGGCGGCCUCCCUCUCAGAUCGCUCCCCUUCUCCGUCUUCCUCCGACCUCGGGACAGCCGAGCGAAGCCCCCACCCUCGAUCCGCCGCCAUGUUCCGGCGGGCCGCGAGGAAUCUGCUCCGCCGGCCCGUCCCGUCCUCCUCCGCCACCGCCGCCGCCGCCGCCGCCGCCGCGAGGGGGGCCCCGUCCCGCCCCUUCUCCGCGGACGCCCCGGCGGCGACGGUGGCGGAGACGGCCGGCGCGGCGUUCGUGGAGGCGUGGAAGAAGGCGGUCCCCAACAUCGACCCGCCCAAGACCCCUCUCUCCUUCAUGCAGCGGAGGCCCCCCGCGCCGCCGUCGAUCCCGUCCAAGCUCACCGUCAACUUCGUCCUCCCAUACGCGUCGGAGCUGUCCCAUAAGGAGGUGGACAUGGUCAUAGUACCAGCAACAACAGGACAACUUGGUGUUCUUCCUGGGCAUGUGGCCUCUAUUGCAGAACUAAAACCUGGAGUUAUGUCGGUUCACGAUGGAAAUGAAGUGACAAAGUACUUUGUUAGCAGCGGCUUUGCAUUCGUCCAUGCAAACUCAUAUGCAGAUAUUAUUGCUGUUGAGGCUGUGCCGCUUGAUCAAAUUGAUGCAAGCCUGGUCCAGAAGGGGCUUGCUGAUUUCACCCAGAAGUUGAACUCGGCCUCCACGGACUUGGAAAAAGCCGAAGCACAAAUCGGAGUGGAUGUGCACAGUGCUCUCAACUCAGCUCUAACCAGCUAAGCCUUCACACCCUGCGGCUGUUCUUGGUUGGUCAGUUUCAGCAUCACCCAUUUUCUUUUCUUUAAUGUGCUUGAUUGACAUCUUGAACCGACGUGACAAGAGAUGUCUCCGGCAUUCUGUGCUGGUCAAUCCUGCAUGGCAAUUUCUUCGAUAAAAUAAUCCUCAAGUAAAAUUCUUUCAGCUUUCUGAAUGAAAAAUGGACAUCUUUGAAGC